CUGUCGUCCUGCCCGUGUGUCUCUGUGUCUUUCUGUGUCUCUCUCACUCUGUGUCUCUAUGGAAAGUCCCGGGAUGAUGGAGCUGGAGCUGGAGGAAGGUUUCCAGAAGGAACCCAAAUUGACUGAAAUGAAGGCGAUGGAGUCGUAGCUACGGCCGUCCUUCUGUCCCACCCCUUUUUUCCAUCCCAUCAUGGUGUACGGGGAGAUCCUGCACCGCCGCGGCCCGGACGAGAACUUCCUCAACCUGAAUGUGGGUGGCUUCAAGCAGAAAGUGUCUCGCUCUGUCCUCCAGCGCUUCCCACACACUCGUCUCGCCCACUUGCUGCUCUGUAGCUCUGAGACGGCCAUAUUGGAGCUGUGUGAUGACUACAGUCCAACGGAGCACGAGUUCUACUUCGACCGCAACCCGCGAUUCUUCCCCUACGUACUGAACUUUUACCACACAGGCAAAAUCCACCUGAUGGAGGAGCUGUGUGUGUUCAGCUUCAGCCAGGAGCUCGAGUACUGGGGCAUCAAGGAGCUUCAUCUGGACUCGUGCUGCAGCAACAAGUUCCACGAGCAGAAAGUGGGCGAAAAGGAACACGACUGGGAUCGGAAUGAGGAAGAUCCGCUUCAAGACAGCUUUGAUUCCUCCUCCGAGGAGUUCUCAGAGAUGGAGAAGGACGUGGAAAAGUUUGAAGGCACCUGGUGCUCGGAGAAACGUAAGCAGCUGUGGCUGAGACUGGAGAACCCGGGACAUUCUUUCACAGCCAAGAUGCUAGCGGUGGUUUCUCUGAGUGUGGUUCUGAUCAGCAUUGUGGCCAUGUGUGUUCACAGCAUGCCCGAGUUCCAUCAAGUGGAUGCUAACGAGCGGCCCGUGGAGGAUCCAGUUCUAGCCGCCUUUGAGACCUUUUGUGUGCUCUGGUUCACCUUCGAGUUUGUGGUGCGUUUAGCGGUGGCUCCUUGUCUCCGUAAAUUCAUCAGCAACGCUCUGAACGUCAUCGAUUUUGUCUCCGUAGUUCCGUUUUAUGCUACGUUGGUGCUGGAAAAAGCAGACGCUGAGGAAAGUGAAGAGCUGGAGAACGUAGGGAAGGUGGUGCAGAUCCUGAGGCUCAUGCGCAUCUUCAGGAUACUGAAGCUAGCGCGUCACUCUGCAGGACUCCGUUCUCUCGGUGCGACUUUGCGUCACAGCUACCACGAGGUGGGGCUGCUUGUCCUCUUCCUCUCUGUUGGGAUCUCCAUCUUCUCCGCACUGGUCUACUUUGCCGAGAGAGGGGAGGAGGAGUCGGAGCUCCAGACGAUUCCCAUCGGAUGGUGGUGGGCCACGAUUAGCAUGACCACAGUGGGAUACGGAGACACGUAUCCCGUCACGCUGGCUGGGAAGCUCAUCGGGACAGUGUGCAUCGUGUGUGGCCUCCUGGUGGUGGCGCUGCCCGUCACCAUCAUCUUCAACAAAUUCUCCAAGUAUUACGAGAGACAGAAAGCUCUGGUGGAGACGGAACAGUAUGAAAGCAACUUAAAAGUUCCCAUUCCGGGGAUUCCUAUAUUCAGCAUGAACGAUCUUUAUGCUAACGGUAACGCCAUUAACUCUAUUUUGGACAGUUUGUCUACCAGAAGCAGCGCAGGAAGUGACAUAGCCGAUAAAGCGAGUCAGGACAGUGAGACGGAAACUUGUGCUGCUUCAUGACUUUUUCUUAUUAAUUUGUUUUAAAUUAAUUCUUUGCAGUUAGAAAUGCGAAAGAACACGCUAGUUAGCAUUACCCUGCGUUCACACUAGCCACUGAUGUUUCCUAAAAAAUGCUAAGCGUUCCUGGGUCAACGGGGGCGGAGCUUAACGUCACACACGUGACUACACGACAUCCUCGCUAGCCUUCAUCUGACGUCUUCCUCGUAAUGUGGCGCGGAAAAUAAACACUAGUUUUAGUUACUGAAUAUUAAAUCAACACCUUUGAAAACAUACUAAACUCUGAGAGCUAGCCCAUGAAAUAUUGGACAUUUAACAGCACAACGUUUAACGUUAGUUAGCCAAUAAUUAGCCGACUAAGAGUUAGCCGUUUAAGUAGCUUCACAAAAACCCUCGAAAUGUGCCUUGUUUUUAUGGGAAUGUUUCCAGGCAUAUAACAGAACAAAUUCAUGAGAUUUCUGUCCUGACGUGUAGCGUAUCAGUGAACACAGAAACAUUAUGAUGACAAAUCUAGAGCUGCAUCCCAAAUCACUUACUUACUCACUAUUAAUCAGGUAAAUAAAACAAGUGGGACACUCAAUAAGAGGAAGAGGGGCGGGGCUACCAGACGCCGACUCCGGAUGAAGGAACAUUUUCGAGAUGACUGACGACAAUCGGGAUGAAACGUCUUACAAAUAAAUGUCUUGUCUUUUGUGUUUGACGUCUUUUUACCACAGAAUCUUCUGCUUCUACGUACUGUUCGUAAAAACCACCCGUGUUCCCUUCGAGACGCUACGACGCUUCUAACGUUCGUCGGCUAAAUAACUUACAGCGCAUUGUGUAGCGUGUAGUACGUCAUUUGAGAUGCAGCUUUAGCUUGUUAGCUCAUUAGCUAUCUCCCGCUUACCCGUAUGAUUAGGUAUCUGACUAUUUAUCUGAAUCGGUGAACUGAAAUUGACGAUUCUAUUCAGCUCCACCAUGUCCAGUCUUCCAGAAUCAGGUGACUCCUCCCGUUUACUGGAGGUGAGUCUCCGUUCCCAGGGCUUUUGUUUAUCCCCAGUUAUCUGCCCUAAUGUGUUCACCUGUUCCAUGUUUCAUUUUGGUUCCUUUGCCUUGUCUUGUAGGUUUGUGGAUAAUUAUAUUGCAGUUUUAAGCCUCGCUCUCUUCCGUUUUUUGUUCCUUCCUUUUGUUGUUCUCUGAAGCCCUUUUUUAAAGUUUGAUAUUGAUUAUUUUUGGAUAUCGCGUCCCGUCUUAACAAACUGCAUGUCGCAGGUGAAAAGUUCAAACUGAAAGUGUAAUCCGAGGAGGUUGAAGAGAUCUGAUGGAUCUGAACUUUUUGCCUGAUAUAUUUUUAGAAGGUCCAGAAGGUCAGAAAGCCAGCAGAGAGACUGGGCACGUCUUCAGAGGCUUGUAACAUGAACGAAGGGUUUUACACACUCUGGGUCAUUGACUCACACUUCUCAUACACACACACACACACACACACACACACACACACACACACAGAGUAGUGAUGGAACGUGUGGUGAAACAUUUAGUUUUUCCGCUUUAGUUCUCAGGGCAAGAAAGAUAGCAAGAAUGCAAGUCCUUCUUCCUGUCUGUCUGUCCGUCUGUGUGACGUCCAAUCUGUCUGAUCCGAUCGGAACAUUUUCUGAUGUCCUCAUCCUUCCGAACGUGAGGAAACAAAAACAUUACAUCUCCUGGUUGGAAGUCUGGAUGGAAUGAGUGCAUGUGUAUUUGUAGAGGAUGAGGAGAACAAGGCGAUGGAUUUACAGUUUUGAUGUAAGAAACCUUUAAAAAAAAAAGCUGCUUAAAUCAUGACCUUGACCUUUGAACUUAACCAUCUAUGCAAAAUGAGCAGAGUGCAAAUGAGUAUCUGAUGAUGUGCUAAUGAUAUUAG